AUGAUCCGUACACAAGUCGUUCCUAUUAUUUGGGUUGUUUACUCCAUUGCUUGUUUCUAUUUCGUUCGACCACUUCGCAAAUUUUCCUAUCGAGCUCUUCUAACAAUUCUACCAUGUAUGAUUCUAAUACUCGCCGGCUGUCACAAUCUGCCCUAUCUUCACAUGAAAUCCGUGAUGAUCAUCUCAUUCUAUUGGAUACUAGCAAUUCGUCUUAUUCAUUUGAUUGUACUCUCACCUGAAAGGUCUUCUUCUCUUCGAUCCUUUGCUUGGGAAUUGUUAGGUCUUUUUAUUCCUAUCAUACAGUGCGAGUCAAAACACUCUGUCAUCUUUGAUCUCGUUUCAGGAAGUGUCAAACUUCUAUUGAAUCACUGGAUCUACCGAUGGUUUCUAUCUUGUGAACCGAGUGAUAGUUAUGCUAGAAUGGCCAUGUUCUAUGUCUGGACUUGUACAGGCACAUACGUAAUCGAUGCACAGAUCGUUCUUGUUCGACUUAUCACACAGAAUAGAUACACUCUAUUGCCAUUCAACAACUAUCCAUUUCUCUCAAAAUCGAUUCGAGAAUUUUGGGGUCGCCGAUAUAAUUACUUCGUCCAUAAGCUUCUUAAGGACUCGGUCUUCGAACCUAUUCAUCAAACGUUAUCUAUGUCAUCGGCACUAGCCGCUCUGACGACAUUUUUUGUGAGUGGCCUGCUUCAUGCACAUGUAGCUGUUAGUGCCUUGGGUGCGACGUCUCCGUUAUCCUCAUUGAUGUUUUUUCUUCUGCAAGGCAUCGCCUGCUUCUUGGAGAUGCUCUUGCCCGUUACUUUACCACGACCUAUUGGUAUAUUAGUGACACAUAUAUUCAUUUUGGUAACAGCGCCGCUCUACGUAGGUCUGUAUACAAAUGCCGGCCCGAAUUUCUUCGUACUCAAUGCGCCCCUAUUAUCUAAUUUCAAAUGGAUUCCUGAAUUGCCAGUGCCUCAGUUCUGUUCAAAAUAA